CUCCCUCCUUUCCGAUACGCCGCUAAUGUGAAUCAACCUGUUUCAACUUGGACAAAAAAAUACCUGCGGCCGAGGAAGGAUGCGCAUCGAAAGCGUCCCGGCUUAAGAUCGCCCGGAUCCAGCAGCGAGAAUGCGGCAGCGAGUGUUCAGCCUGCCGCGACAGCAGUCCCUGCUGCAGCCGGCUGUGCUCAAUCCCUUUGCGCAAGAUUUAAAACUCACAACGACCCUCAAACUCAAAUGCCUCUUUCUUGGUGUCCUCCUCGUCCCCCUCCGCUGCCUCCUGCUGCUGCUCCUGCUCCUCCUGGCAUGGCCCAUUGCCGCCGCGGCCACCCUGCUGCACCCGCUGAAGGGGAACGUGGAGCCCAUGUCAGGCUGGAGACGGUGCCUCUGCUGGGUGGUGCUGGCGGGAUUUGGCCGCCUGGCCUUCUUCAUCAUGGGUUUCCGAGUGUCUGUGCGUGGUCGGCGGGCUGGGGCCGCGGAGGCCCCCAUACUGGCUGUGGCCCCCCACUCCAGCUACUUCGACACCAUCGUGUGCAUCGUGGCCGGGGUGCCCUCCACCGUGUCUCGCACGGAAAAUCUGUCCGCGCCCAUCUUCGGACGAUUCCUGCGCUGUCUUCAGCCCGUGUUGGUCUCGCGCCUGGACCCGGACUCCCGUAAGAACACCAUCCUGGAGAUCGAACGGAGAGCCACCUCUCGGGGCAGGUGGCCACAGGUUCUAAUUUUCCCGGAAGGAACAUGCACGAAUCGGGCCUGUCUCAUUACGUUCAAACAAGGUGCCUUCAUUCCUCGAGUCCCAGUCCAACCAGUGCUCCUGCGAUACCCCAACAAGCUGGACACGGUGACUUGGACUUGGCAGGGGCCAAAAGGGAAGAUGCUCUUCCUCCUCACCCUCUGCCAGCUGUACAUCAAUGUGGAAAUUGAGUUCCUGCCCCCGGAGAUCCCUGGGGAGAAAGAGAAGGCUAACCCCACGUUGUUCGCAAACGCUGUGCGGAGCGUCAUGGCAACGGCCCUGCAUGUCCCCGUGACAGACCACACUUAUGAAGACUGCCGCCUGAUGAUCUCUGCUGGGGAACUAACCCUGCCCAUGGAGGCUGGCCUGGUGGAGUUCACCAAGAUCAGCCGUAAGCUGAACCUCAAGUGGGACAACGUGAAGAAGGAACUGGAGGGGUUCAGUGCCAUCGCGCAGUCCUGCCAGGGCGGCCGCAUCACCUUGGAGGAGUUUGCCCACUUCCUGAAGCUGCCCGUCAGCCCCCCGCUGCAGGAGCUCUUCAGCCUCUUUGACAGGAAUGGAGAUGGAACCAUCGACUUCAGGGAAUACGUCAUUGGGGUGACCAUCCUCUGCCGGCCUGCUAACAAUGAAGAGACAAUCCAGAUGGCCUUCAAGCUGUUCGACACAGACAAGGACGGGAGCAUCACGCACAGUGAGUUCUCGGCACUGAUCCGCUCCGCCCUGGGCAUCCCCGAGCUGGACGUGUCCCGGCUCUUCAGCGAGAUCGAUGCUGACAGCUCUGGACACAUCACCUAUGAGGAGUUCCGGACCUUUGCGCUGACCCAUCCUGAAUACGCCAAGCUGUUCACCACUUACCUGGAGCUGCAGCGGUACCAAGCCCUGCAGGGGACGGAGCCUGAUCCCAGCCAACCCACCAACAGCGUCUGCCCUGAGGACACGCAGGAAGGCAGCACCUCUGACAAAAAAGAGGAUUGACACCGGACUGGUGGCAGGAGUGAUGGUACUCAGUCUUGGUGAAACUGGUUGAGGCAAUGAAACAACCAGCCAUUAUCCAAUUUGCCCUUUAACCUCUUUGACACAGCCCUUUGACAUCUUUAACACAGCUCCUUCACCUCUUUGACACAGCCUUUAGACUUCUUUGACACAGCCCUUUGACCUCUUUGACACAGCCUGUUGACCUCUUUUACUCUGCCCCUUCACUCCUUUGACACAGUUCCUUGACCUCUUUGACGCUGCCCCUUCACCUCUUUGACACAGCUCCUUCACCCCAUUGACACAGCUCCUUCACCUCUUUGACACAGCUCCUUCACCCCUUUGACACAGCUCCUUCACCUCUUUGACACAGCUCCUUCACCCCAUUGACACAGCUCCUUCACCCCAUUGACACAGCUCCUUCACCCCUUUGACACAGCUCCUUCACCCCUUUGACACAGCUCCUUCACCCCUUUGACACAGCUCCUUCACCUCUUUGACACAGCUCCUUCACCCUAUUGACACAGCUCCUUCACCCCUUUGACACAGCUCCUUCACCUCUUUGACACAGCUCCUUCACCCCAUUGACACAGCUCCUUCACCCCUUUGACACAGCUCCUUCACCCCUUUGACACAGCUCCUUCACCCCUUUGACACAGCUCCUUCACCCCAUUGACACAGCUCCUUCACCCCUUUGACACAGCUCCUUCACCCCAUUGACACAGCUCCUUCACCCCAUUGACACAGCACCUUCACCUCUUUGACACAGCACCUUCACCUCUUUGACACAACUCCUUCACCCCUUUGACACAGCUCCUUCACCCCUUUGACACAGCUCCUUCACCCCAUUGACACAGCUCCUUGUACUUUUUGAAGUCUCCCAUUUUAGGAAUGUACAGUGAUUGCUGCUGCAGGUUUUUUUGUCCAAAGACAAAUGUCAUGUGUUUCCUGCUGCCCCCUGGGGUUAGGGUUAGGAAGCCUCUGCCCAUGCUCUGCUCUGACACUGCACUCCCUGUUUGACUUGCUAUGCUUUUUGCUGUUAACAAGCUUGCAGUGUGACCUUAGUAACCUGUAGACAGGUCUGCCAAAGUCCCAUAUUUCCAUAGAAAAAGACGUUUCCACAAUCAGGGCGGCCCAUAAGGGGGGAGAAAGGGAAGACUUUGAGGGGCCCAGAUGAUCAAUCUGCCAAAACCCCUCCCCCAAGAGGCCCAGUCUAUGCAGCCCUGCCUGUGGUGCUUCUAGGUGUAAGACACUGGGCUGUGGAUGGACGUAGUGACUUGGUGACUUUGGUGGCUGUCUGGUGUUCUGUUGCUUGAGAAGUGGAAAAGAUGAGUAAUCGUCCAACAGACUUACGAUGAGUUUAGAAGGAAAUGGAGACUUGGAAAGAACCCGGAUGGCUUUCGCGUAAUAGCAGAUGUGUGUUUAGUGAGAUUUUAUGUUUCAUUGUGGUGACUGUUUAGUGGAACAAAGCCAACAGGUGUUCCUGAAAUAAGUAGCGUAGAGUCAUUUUUUAAAUAUUCCAAUUUCCAAUAAACUUUUACACUUUG